AUGCACGUUUUAGAGACCCCCAAUUUACCAGUUUCUUAUGAAUGCGUAGUGAAAGAAGUGAGUUUAAGAAUCAAGGAGAUGGAUAGCAAGAAAAAGGAUCAUGUUAAUGGAGCUAGCUUUUUCCAAAUGCCACUGCACUACCCAAGAUACACCAAGAAAGACUACCAGAACAUGCCUGAGUGGCAGCUUGAUAGGCUCCUUGCUGAGUAUGGGUUACCCGUGAACGGUGACUUGGCUUACAAGAGGGAAUUUGCACUGGGUGCCUUUUUAUGGCCUGAUCGUGAUCUUCUUCAAGAGAAAUCAAGAAAUUCGUCCCCUUGCUAUGGUUUUGAGCGUUCAGCUUAUCCUAGCAACAAGAAAUAUAAGAUAGUCGAGUUUCUGUAUAGAGUUUUGAGGUUUGCGUGA